AGGCCCAAGGCCCCCAAAGUAGGCGCCAAAGGGCCCGGAGAUCCGGAGAUGCCAUGGGAGCAGCUCAGAGCAGCGCAGCUCAGAGCGCCAAGUUGGUGGAGCCAACGUGCCAUGGAGUGCACCGCUGCUCCUUCCCCAUGUACGUGGUCAAGGUGCAAGACUUUUUGGCCAUGGAGGGAGUGCCGGAACCGCACCAAGUCUUGCGGCAGAAGGGAUUGCUUCAGGAAUGGCAGCCGGGAAUGUUCGUGAUCUUCGUGUCCCACCAGUGGCUGGGCUCUACAUCUCCAGAUCCCUCCGGUCAGCAAAUGGCAGUGCUGAGGCAGGCGCUUCGGGCUUUCAUAGAUGGCUCCAUGAAGGUGGAAAUGGACUUGAUGCGCACCUUUGGCAAUGAUAGAGAGGGCACGAGCUAUGAGCAGGUGGCUGAUGGAUAUCUAUUUUUAGAUUGGUUUGCGAUCCCACAGGUCACGCAAAGAAUCGAUGGCGUCAAUGAUGAUGCUACAAGAUCAGAUACAGCCCGCGCUGUUCAGAGCAUCCCGGCCUAUGUUGAAAGUUGUGAUAUGUUUGUGGCGCUCGUGCCGGAUCUGAUUCAUAGCGGUACCGGGCUUCAGUGCAAUUACGGCACGUGGCUGGCGCGGGGAUGGUGCCGCGCAGAACUCUGGUGUCGCUUGUUAUCGAAUCGGCCUGACACCAGCGUGGUGGUGAUCUUUUCCGCCAAAGAGACCAUCUACAGUAUUCCCUUGGAUUGGCAAAGGAACUUGAUCUCAGACGGCUUGUUCACCGUGGAAAGCGAUCGCGCAGAGGUGGUGAAGCUUGGAGAGGUGGCGCUCAGAAGCAAGGUGGAAUACUUGCAGGAAUUCGGACCGUUGACGGACUACCGCUUUCACUUGGCUCAACAGCCCAGGUUGCUGAAUCAAACGAAGAAAGUCUGGGGACUUGAUGGCUUUUUAGAGCGCUUCAAGUUUCGAGACCUUGAGGCCGCUGUGAAACAUGAAAGCGGCAUGACCGGCAUGUUGUGCGCAAUUCUUGAAGGCGAUGCGGACAUUGUGCAAGCCUUGGUUGAGCAUGCUGGAGAUGUGAAUGCUCGUGUCAGCGGUCUUGGACACUUGGGCUUUUCGGAUGGUCUAACACUGGUGAUGGUUGCUGCUUUUAGCAUUCCUGAGCCGACGAUGCUGUCUGCCCUCCUGAGCUUGCAUGGGGAUCCCAACCUCUCAUGCAUUUCUGAGACUGGCUCAAUCAUCACGGCUGCAUGGGUGGUGUCCCAUCCCCAGCAAGUGCAAGUGCUGCUGGAGAAAAGAGCGGACCUGUCAACUUCGCCGCCCUUGAUCGGUGCCGUUGGGUAUGCCUCAGCCGCUACCGUGAGGGGCUUCCUGGAGAUACGCUGCGAUCCCAACCAGGUGGCGCCCAAUGGCUUCGGGCCGAUGUUCGGGGUGUCCUUUUUCGGGCGUGGCAAUCCGGACGCCUCGGAAACCUUAAAGCUGCUGCUGGCCUGGCGUGGGGAUGUGAAUGCCCAAGCUGAUGUACGUGGACUCCUCUACUGGGAUUGCCUGCAAGCCCGCGUUUGCGCCGCUCUCCACGGCUUGGACGCCUGCGGAGGCUAUCGGCGCCAGAUGGCGUCGCUGCCGGGGGCCACGCCUUUGUCAAUCGCUGCAGUCACGGGAGACCAGGCGCUGGUGAAAAUCCUCUUGGAGAAUGAUGCGGAACAUGUUGCAAACGAACGCGGCGAUUUGCCGGAAGACUUGGCGAGAGCAGCAGGCCAUACGGAGCUGCUGCCUAUGCUCUCCACUUUUUCUGUGUAGGACGCUCACGCGUGCGCGCUCACGUCGUCGAGGCCCCCUGGCAGCGCAAAAUGCGCUUGAUCAGCUUGGGCUUGAACUUGCGAUGGACGAAAAUGCAGCAAACAUAGG